GUCAUUCCUGUUCAACACAAAUCGUCGUCUGCCAAAAGCACUUGGUUGUAUUCCGAAACUUUUUCCGUUUAGAAACAUCUUGACGACAGCUCAGCCGCUGAAAUUUAGGUAAAAAUGGAUAACGUAAAACUCAAAGUACAAAAGGAGAUUAGGAACAUGAACUUGCUCAAGGAAACGGUGAACAGAAGCAGCCAGUUAACGAAAGGAAUGUGUACCAUUCUGUCGUCGUUCGACGAUCGGCUUAUGAAGCUAGAACGAACUAUUUUACCUGUUUACCACGAAACUGGAAACCUUCAAAGGCGUCAAGAAAACAUCGAAAAAACGCUCGUGCAGCUCGAUGAGGUCGUCCAACUGUACAGUGUAUCGCAAUGCGUCGGUCCUGUCGUGCAAAAGGGGCCCGGAGACAAUCUGACAGAAUUCCUCGAAGCGAUUGAAAAAAUUCAGCAGGCCAUCGACUAUUUCGAAAAGAACAAUCCUCACAAUUCAGAAGCCGGGAUAUUACAGUCGCUGUUCCUGACUGGAUCGAGUAAUUUGCAGACGGAAUUUGAGAAUCUGCUGUCGCGGCACAGCAAGCCCGUUCCUCCUGUGGCUAUCUUAGAUUUAGUGGACGAUGUCGGCCUUGCUCCGGAGCAGCUGCCAGCCAAAGUGGUUGAGGACCUGGCAAAGAUUGCUGGAUGGCUUCAGAAGAACGGGGCAGACACACAGCACCUGGAAACGUACGCUAAAGUUCGGGCGCGGACACUGCUCAAAUCAGUGCAGGGCCUCCGAGAGCACCAGAAGGCCUGUUCGGGCAACAGCGUCACCUUACUGCACAGUUCUCCGCAGCUGGGCGGCCGUAAGAGCCGUGAAACUCCGCCACGCAGGGUUUCUCGCAAGUUUCAGGAGGCGAUUCUGCGAGGUCUCAAACGCAGCGACACCAGCCUCACUUCGGAACCCAAGGAAGAAAUUGUGGAACAGGAGAUUGAAGCGUACCUCACCCUACUUACAGCCGUCUGCAGACUGGCACAUGCUGAGCACGAGCUAUUGCAGUCCAUCGUUGAGAAGCUGGAGGGUGGUUUUCUUGCCCAGGUGCUGCUACCAGCUCUCGAAUCUGUUACCUUGGAAGGCGAAGGUCUGGCCGGCCGCGUCAAGCGCUGUGUCGCUCGACAUGACUUCUUGAACGUGCUCUGUCUCUUCCCGGUCCUGCAACACCUGCGUCAACUUCGUGAAGAGUACGAUGCCACGUUCAACCUGGCCGGCGGUGAAGCGGGUCGGAAACUGCCCUCGCUCGCUGUGAUGCUGCAGACGACGCUGAACAAGGCGCUCGAAGAGCUCGUGGACUCCAUAAAAAACGACCCGGACACCAAGAUGCCCCGUGAUGGGACCGUACACGAGCUCACCAGCAAUGUAAUGAUGGUUCUGGAGCACCUGCUGGGAUUCAUAGACUCUGCCGGGGCGGUCCUUGCAAUCUCGGACGUCGUGUCCUUCACGCAGAGUCGAGAUCCGAACAAGGCGGCUCUCGCGCAGUUCGUAACAAGAGUCUUGUCCGCCCUCGGACUCGCGUUGCAGAACAAGAGCAGCAAAUACGAAGAUUCGGCUCUCCAGGCAGUCUUCCGACUAAACAAUUUCCAUUACAUCUUACGGACGCUACACAAGUCCGGCCUUCUGGACGUCGUCCACUCGUACGAGCGUACGCUCGGACAGCAGUACCAAGAGAAUAUCCGUGACCAGAAGCGCUUGUAUUCGCAGAGCUGGAGCCGCGUUCUGCACUACGUGCUCGAAGUGGAUCGUCCGCUGUCUCCGGGGACAAAGUUAAAAGACAAGGACAGGCAGAGCAUUAAGGACAAAUUUACGGGAUUUAACAAAGAGUUGGAGGAGAUGUGCCGGGUACAGAAAGCGUAUGCUGUUCCAGACGUCGAGUUGCGCGAGGCUCUCAAGCGUGACAACAAAGAAUUCAUCCUUCCAAAGUACAAGGCGUUUUACGACAAGUAUGCCGCAGUUCCGUUCACGAAAAACCCGGACAAGUACCUCAAGUAUUCGCCGUUAGACGUGUCCAAUUUGAUUGACAGGUUCUUUGAUGCGGCUGCUUAGUGGUCAAUAGGUUCUGUGGUGGGCUGUAGACACAGUUCCAGUGUCAAGAAGGGUGAAAAAUAUGGACAAGUUUGUUUUCUAUGUAUUUAUUGUUUGUUGAAUGGAAUAAACUUUCGUCACGAUGA